AUGCCAUAUGUGAAAGUAUGGACUCAUACAGGAAGUCAAAAAACUCAAUAUACAAAUGGAGACCGUUCAAACUUUUGGCUUGGCAUUCCAUUUGCUGACUCAGAAGACUUUAUGGGUGGUAUUUCAACUGUUGGUACUGUACAAAUACAAUAUACUGGUGACAGAGACGGUCCAUAUGAACUGAGAGCAAAGAAGUUUACAAAACCAAUAGCACUUUUCACGGAAGAUGCUCUUUUGAAGAUUCGUUCGAUGAAACCUGCUGGGGCUCCUCAGAUUGGCAUAACGACAGCUUCCAUCGAGCAGAUUUUGGCAGCAGGUCAGUAA